AUGCCGAUUCCACUGGAGAAACUCAUCGAGAAGCACUGCCGUGGUGUACGCGGUGGAUGGGAUAAUUUGCUGGGCAUCGUUACAGGUGGCUCGUCGGCGCCGAUCAUUCCGAAGGAUACCUGCGCACGGGUCUUGAUGGACUACGACUCGUUCAAGGACGCACAGACCGGGCUUUGGAUUGGCACCGUCAUCAUCAACGGACCAGUCCACCGACCUCGCCUCCGCCAUUGCCCGCUGCGCCCAGCAGUCUGGCCUAUCCAAGGCCUCAUGCGCCACUUCCGCGCCCUCGUCGAGGACCGCAUUCUCAAGUUCCGCGCCACGAACGAACCCAUCAUGUUUGGCGAGCGCCUCGCGGCGGACGUGGGCCCGAGCUUGGCGUUACCGGAUAAUUUGGGCGUGAAUUUGAAGGAGGUCGCCCCGCUGCCGACGUUGUAG